AUGGAAGGCGUUCUCAUAGAUCUAAUCAAAACGAAUGCAUAUUCCAGCCCGAGCUUGAGCCGAGCCGAUUCCAUCAUUGCGGCCGGGGAUUUCGAACGUCAAACUUACAGCAUUGAAAUCCGCUGUUACGAGCGGCUUGGGUACCAUGAGCGCAUUGCAUCUUGUGAGGUGACCGAGAAAGGUCUCCUACUGGAACGUGGAACUUGUCUUCGGAGCAUGCUCCGGGAUGUCAGCGAGUCUGCCAUUCCUCGGGUUGGGGAAUGA